AUGAACGGGUCUCACAGGCAUAGGAGUGAUCUUCAAUCAGCAUUGGAUACUGAAGAAAGUGUUUUGAAUUUGCACGCUGAGAUUGUUGAAGGCAGGGCCCGAGACAGCCAUCCGGGGCGGGGUUUGAUGGGGAAGGAAGUCGAUUCAAGGAACAUUAAUGACAACCAGGAACAUGACAGUAUCAGUGAACAGCUGGUUGGUUCCUUGUUGCUUGAGGACGAACCUGAUGAGAAAAUUGAUGCCAAGUAUAUUCGUCGUGAGAAGGAUAGCAGGGGGAAUCAAGUACUUACGCAAAGGGAUAGGAUCUAUAGAAGACAUAUAAGAUGCCGUGGCGACAUAGAUAUGAUGACAGUUCCUCUUAUUGCGAUUUAUGAAUCCCUGAUACCACCUGAGGGAGAAAAAGAAAAACAGAGGCAAUUGAUAACCUCAUUAGAGAAAUUGGUGGUUAAAGAAUGGCCUCGUGCACGCCUCUGUCUUUUUGGAUCAUGUGCAAACUCCUUUGGCGUUUCGAAUAGUGAUAUAGACGUGUGUCUUGUGCUUAGGGAUGCUGAUAUUGACAAGUCUGAGAUCAUACUGAAGUUGGCAGAUAUUCUGCAGUCAGCUAAUCUGCAGAAUGUGCAGGCCCUGACGCGUGCAAGGGUUCCUAUUAUAAAGCUUAAGGAUCCGGUGACGGGAAUAUGCUGUGACAUAUGCAUAAACAAUGUUUUGGCUGUUGUAAAUACAAAACUUCUCCGGGAUUAUGCACAGAUAGAUAUGAGAUUACCACAGUUGGCUUUUAUUGUGAAGCAUUGGGCAAAGUCAAGAGGAGUAAAUGAAACGUACCAGGGAACCCUUUCUAGCUAUGCGUAUGUUUUGAUGUGCAUCCAUUUCUUACAAAAUCGAGAGCCUCCUAUCCUACCAUGUUUACAGGAAAUGAAGGUUACUUUUCAUGAAACUGUUGAUAAUAUUGAGUGUGCUUACUUUGAUCAAGUUGAAAGGCUAAAAACUUUUGGAUCUGAGAACAAGGAAAGUAUUGCUCAACUCGUCUGGAGAUUCUUCCAUUAUUGGGCAUAUUGUCAUGAUUAUGCGAAUGCGGUCAUAUCAAUUCGUACUGGAAGCAUUAUUAGCAAGAGAGCAAAAGAUUGGACUAGGAGGAUCGGCAACGAUCGUCAUCUGAUAUGCAUAGAGGAUCCAUUUGAGACAUCGCACGACCUCGGUCGAGUGGUCGAUAAGUAUAGUAUCAAAGUUUUGAGAGAAGAGUUUGAACGUGCUGCUGAAAUUCUACAGUUCGAUCCAAACCCUUGCGAGAGGCUCUUCGAACCCUUUGCCCCGUGUUAAUUACUCUUUUAUUAUGGGAGUUAUUUAAAAUGCAAUUAUUAUGUUCAUAGCUGAUCAGGGUUGUAAAUUGCUUGCUAUUUUGUUGGCUUUUUCUUAUUUAUGUUUGAAGUGCGUUAGGGGUUUUGUAAAAAGAUCUUUGCUGGUCUGUAUAUCAUCUAGAAUUUUGGGUUUUUCCAAUUUCCAGUUCAUAAUCUUUCUGCCAUUGGAAUUUUUUUGUAGAAUUCUCUGCAACUGCGAAUGUAAUGUUAGAAAAUUGUUCUUAGUUAA